UUAAUGGCGGAUGGGGUAAUGGGUCACGGUUGUUUUGCUUUUGAAGGUCAGGCAAAUUGCAAUUCCAUCCUCACAAUAUUUGAUCCUUUUUCCUCAAUUUUUUAAAGAAGAAAAUUGCGGUUUCUUGGUAUUGGGUCCGAUCUCUCUCCCACUGCACCAACUUUCGUAGUCUCUCCGACUCCCGCCAUGGUUGAAACGGUGAAGAUGCUCUGAUUGCCGCAUCUUCCUCGCCAUUAUUGCUAGCUCUGAUUCAUCUUCUUCCAGUCUUGUUCAAAGAAGAAUGUUUCUAGGCUUCUGACGUUUGAUUAUUUUGUCGAAAGAAGUAAAAAUAUAAGGGUUUCGACUCGGGAAAUUCAUCAUGUUGAAGAAAUUACCGGGUCGGAGCAGGUCGAAAGGCAUCAAAUUAAAGCAUAUUCUGCAGAUUGUUCUGUUGGUUGGUGUUUGCUUUUGGUUAGUUUAUCAGGUGAAGCGUUCCCAUGACAAGAAGAAAGGAUUCGACCAGAAAGAUAAUGAAAUAGCGAUAAGAACUCGGGAUGGGGGGGAUGUUUUGAAAUUUGGAAGGAAAGAGCUUCAUCCACAUGUUGAGGAAGUUCAUCCCGACUCGAAGCAAGAGGACGAUGAGGAGGAAGACUCGAAGCAUGAGGUUGAAGAGGGACAUGAAGAAUUGAAAAACGAGGCAGUCGAUGAGGAGGAAGACUCGAAGCAUGAGGUAGAAGAGGGACGUGAAGAACUGAAAAACGAGGCAGUUGAUGAGGAGGAAGACUCGAAGCAUGAGGUAGAAGAGGGACGUGAAGAACUGAAAAACGAGUCAGUCGAUGAGGAGGAUGAAGGAAGCAAGCAUGAAGAUGAAGAGGAGACGGAUGAUGAUGGGAGAGGAGAUGGCGAUGACGAUAUGAAUGAGAAUGAUCGAGAGAAGUCCGAUAAUGAAUCCAAUCAUGAAGGUGAGAAUGCGGACGAUGAGAGAUUGAAAGAAGAUGGUGAUGAGGAGGCAGGAGGAGAUGAGGAUUCUUCUGAUGAGCAGGAGAACGACAAUGGUGAUCGGAUCACUCAUGAGGCGCGGGAGGAAAACUACAAGGGGGACGAUGCAUCUAGUGCCGUAGCCCAUGACGACCACUCUACCACCUCGACAGACGACGUGAGUUUAGAAAGUUCAAGUGAGAACGCAGAACUGAAUAACAAAGAACAGAACAGUGAAUCAAAUGAAACCGAAGCGAUUCGUUCACGGUUAACCGAGGAAGUAGAUGAAAUGGCUAACAAUGAAACUUCAACGAACGAGAAUUUCAGUGAUGUGAAGCUCAGCGAAAACAUCCCGAGCGCUCAAUCCGAUGAUCAACCUGAAUCAAGCAAUAAUACAUCCUCUGCAACUACUGAUACAAGUAAUGUAGAGAAUGCAGAUUCUUCUCAGCAGAAGGGAACAGAAAUUGAUUUGAAUCAUACUCAAAGUGAAAUCAUAGACAAUUUGGCUGCUAAGAAUGAAACAUCUCUUCAGUCUAUACUCACAGAUAUGAAUGACAAGGUUUUGGAGAACAGCACCUCUGAAUCUCAGCCAAAUGAGGUUGAAGGCGAGACCCGAAACAUCACGAGUAAGCCAGAUCUUACUGUUUCAGAUGACGAGACAUCCGAAACGAAGAAAGAUGACAAAACAAACGAACCAGAGAAUGUCUUACCGACCAUGAUACCCGAGGAGAAUAGUGAAGCUACUCAUAACAACAAGUCGGAAGACAAUGGCGAGUCCAACGAUGAUACCUCCAACUCGACAAACCACAUUGAGGACCCAGUUCAAGACGAUCGUUUUGAUUCGUAACGACUCCCAUGUAACCGAACGGGUGGAUCUAGGUACGCUUCCAGACAUCGAGAAUGACAAUAGUGAAGAGACUGCAGCAGAAUGAGGAUUUGAAUUAUAGAGGAGAGCCCAUGAUUAAGCUGAGUGUUUGUCUUGUAAUUUAGAAUUUGAUAAUUUAUACUCAGAAGAUGAGCCAUAGGAGGAAGGGAUGUGCACGUGGGUGGCUCGUAGAAACGUUUUAGAAUUUUGAAUGAAAAUUGAAACGUACACGAUGGAUGAACUGGACCAGUGUGGAUAUGUUCGAGUCUCAGUUAACACGAAUGAACGUCAAGAUUUUUUA